GGGCGGGUCACAUUUUUCCACUUUUUUACGUGCCAUUCGUGCAACAAGGGGAAGAAAAUCAAACAUACCGCGAACGAAGUUACACGUCACUCACCGGAGACAUGACGUUCCAUAUACUGGCUGAACGUUAGCCAGUGGUUAGCACUUGGCAGCUACGAAAAGCCAAAUUCUCGUGAAAAUGCGGGACAUUCACUUAUUUAUUAGUCAUGGUGAUAGCUGGGGAAAACAGGAUGGGGCAGUGGAAUAAACCAAAUACGGUUCCUUUGGCGGAUUAAUGAUGCACGUUUUGUAAAGCCUCAAUUUGGAGAUAAAUUGCAACAUGGGAAGGAUCAGCUUUUCGUGCCUUUUCCCAGCCUCAUGGCAUUUCAGCCUGUCAUCCCAGGUUCUUCCUCGGCUCCUCUUCCCUUCUCUCAGACAGCUGAUCUUCAUCAGCCUGGUACUGUGCCUCAUUGGUCUAUUCUACAUGCUGCUUAUCUCUGGAAAGGGACACACCAGCUGGAUCAGAGAGGAGAAUAAUUUCCACAGGCAUUUGGCAAGGGUGACUGACAUUGAUGCAACAGAUACAAGCAACCCCAACCUGAAUUAUGGCUUGGUGGUGGACUGUGGCAGCAGUGGCUCAAGAAUAUUUGUUUACUGCUGGCCCCAGCAUAAUGGUAAUCCUCAUGAACUGUUGGACAUUCGGCAAAUGCGAGAUCAUAACCGCAAGCCAGUGGUCAUGAAGAUCAAACCAGGUAUCUCUGCAUUGGCUAAAACGCCAGAGAAAGCCAGUAAUUAUAUGUUUCCACUGCUGAGCUUUGCAGCCCAACACAUUCCCAAAAAUAAGCACCAAGAGACCCCCUUGUAUAUACUCUGCACAGCUGGCAUGAGAAUCCUACCUGAAAGUCAACAAGAAGCUAUUCUUGAAGAUCUGCGCACAGACAUCCCAGUUCACUUCAACUUCCUCUUCUCGGACUCCCAUGUGGAAGUAAUUUCUGGAAAACAGGAAGGUGUCUAUGCAUGGAUUGGAAUUAACUUUGUCCUCGGAAGAUUUAACCAUGUGCACAAUGAUGGGGAAGCUGUAGUGGAGGUAAACGUCUCUGGCAGCGAUCAGCAGGAGAUGGUGGUGAGAAAAAGAACUGCCGGUGUCCUGGACAUGGGCGGGGUUUCCACACAGAUCGCAUACGAAGUGCCCAAAACUGUAAGCUUUGCUUCUCCACAGCAGGAGGAAAUUGCUAAGAACUUACUGGCGGAGUUCAACUUGGGAUGUGAUGCACAUCGCACAGAGCAUGUUUAUCGUGUCUAUGUGUCCACCUUCCUGGGAUUUGGAGGAAAUGCUGCUCGCCAAAGAUACGAGGAGAACCUGAUCAGAAAUACUGCCACUCGAAAUAAACUCUUAGGUCAGCAUGUCGGUGAGACAGCAGAGUCUCCUCUGCUGGACCCGUGUCUGCCCGCAGACCUGCAGGAUGACAUCGGUUUAUCGUCUCAGAAGCUCCACCUCAGAGGCACGGGAGACUUUGACCAGUGUCGCCUGAUUCUCCAGCCGUACCUCAACCGCACCAACGACACCCAAGCCUCCCUAAAUGGCAUCUACCAGCCAGCCAUUGAUUACGUCAACAGUCAGUUCUUCGGCUUCUCCGAGUUCUACUACUGCACAGAGGAUGUACUGCGCAUGGGAGGAGAUUAUAACUCCUCAAAAUAUACACGGGCUGCGAAGAGUUACUGUGCGACCCAAUGGAAGACUCUGAGGGAACGCUUUGACUCUGGCUUGUAUGCCUCACACGCUGAUCUUCACAGACUAAAGUACCAGUGCUUUAAAUCAGCGUGGAUGUAUGAAGUAUUGCACUCAGGUUUUUCUUUCCCAUCAAAUUAUAAAAACCUGAAGACUGCUCUGUUGGUCUACGAUAAGGAGGUCCAGUGGACUCUUGGUGCUAUACUUUACCGGACACGGUUUCUGCCUCUGAGGGACAUCCAACAGGAAACCCUGAAAGGCGCACAUACUCACUGGCGACACAGCUUCUCCAUUGUCAACAACCACUACUUAUUCCUGGCCUGUUUCUUCAUUGUGUUGCUGUCUAUUAUGUUGUACUUGAUGCGACUGCGGCGCAUCCACAAGCACGCGGCACAACGCUACACCCCGUCCUCUGUGCCGUGGUUGGAGGCGGGGCUUGGCUCCCCCACACUCCCCGUCAACCUCUAGGCUUUUCCCUGGUACUGAGCUUUGGACAAACGAGGUCACUCAUGUGAGGCCAUCGGGCUUUGCUGAACCAACGUUUGUUGUUAUUGUUAUUUUUGUUUGACAUACAAAUAUCUUUUAUUUUAGAAGGAGUUGUGUUGCCUUUCACCACCUCUGCCUCCAGGCGCCUUUUGUUUUUAUUUUUUCAACGAUAAACACAGUGCUACGCUCCUCUCUAGGGAAUCCCGUCUGCAAUCUCACAUAAAGAUUUAAUCUAUACUUUAUUUAUUUAUUUAUUGAUUGAUUGACAAUUUGACAAUACUUUAUUGUCAGAAAGGUGAGUCAGAAAUUUGACUUUCAUAAGAGCAGUUCUAUUUGCACGAUAACAAAGGCAAAUAUCAGGAUAGAUGGCAGAAAAGUACAGUUCACUGUACACUUGAGUUCCACUGUAAUUAAAUAUUGAAACCACAUAUCUCUGGUUUGAUGGUAACAGUCUUUAUUCUCGAUGAUAAGAGUCAGAGACAAUCUUUUUAGCCAGCUUUUGACUAUUCAUGUUCUGAAUACUUUUGUGUGUAUGUCUUUAUUUGCCUUUUUUACAUGUGCAUGAUCAUGUGUCUUCACAAAUAAGAUUUUAGAGUCAGUGGGAGGAGCACUUUACUUUGUACUGCAGUAAAAAGUGAGAGUGCACAGCACUUCCCAGCUGCAAUUUUUCUUUUACUUUUUUGUGCAUCUUUCCCCAAAUUGUAGUGCAAUACAUACACGUCCUGACACUGUUCUCUAAUACAUGUCUUUUUCUUUUCGAUGACUGUUAAUGUCGGAUGCUGUUUCAUAUAGUAUACGUAUAUUUAUGUCCAGGCUUCAUUUUCAGAAGCUGUCGUUCUCACUGCUGUGAUGAGGGGAUUGUAAAUGAGGGCAUGUGUCCUGUUAUUUAUAUGAAAAGCGUGAUUUUAGUGAAAUGUUUGCACAGAUGAAUGCGAAAUCAAUGUUGUCACAUUGUAAUUUAGUAAUAAAGUUGUCCGAGGUUU